AUGGACCAUCGCGAGGAACAACCGCCUCCGCCUGUCUCAGUCGUGGUGGACGAGAAGUCGGCAGCCGACACGGGAACGCCCUCUGCCGCUGAACCUUCAUCCGCGGGAACUGCUUCUGCCACACCCACGAGUGCCCUCACUUCGUCAUCCAGCUUGUCACCACCAGUAUCGCCUCCAGCAUCGCCUCCAGCAUUGCUACCAGAGCGUCACCGAUCACAAGACGAUAUCCAUUCUACCCGGCCAAAGUUUGAUCGCCUAGGCAAUCCGCUUCCUUCCAGCCGCGGCUCAAGUGCCAUGUCUUCUGUCUAUGGCACAAGCAAGAUCAGAUUGCCUGGCGAUCUGGGCGCAAAGGAUCCACGGAGGCCCAAAUCUCCACCUCCGCCUAGACUGCCUGGUGAUCUGGGGCCAAACGAUCCGCGACGACCAAAGUCGCCUGCACCUAUGAGCGCCGCUAGCAGCCCUGCGCCAUCGCCGCAUCAUGCAAGGCAUGCAAGUGACGAUGGCGGCGGAGGACGGUUGCAGGAAGAUCCACCGGAGCCUGGACAAGAACAGCCAAGUGACGAUGAUGCCGACGCUGAUAACGACAACGAUACGGAUCGCGAUGUGGACGAUCGGCGAGGUCGUGGUAGGAAACGACCCGAGCCCGGAAGGACGACAUCUGGCAAGUCGAUCAAUGUUCGCGAAGAUAGCGACGAUGAUUCGGAGCGGGAAGCCUUUCCAGAAGGACUCAAGCCGGAUCCCACGAAGGGUGAGAGUAAGCUGUCUUUCAAGAAAGACCCGAAAAUAAGAAUCCAGAGUCCUGGAUCAAGCGGCAGAAGGCGUGUUCAUCCUUCUACAGCCUUUGACGCUGCGCCAUCAGGCGCUUCGACGCCACUACAUUCCGAUGACGAGUCGCAAUCGGAGCUGCGGAUGGCCCAGAAACUUUCUUUAACAAUGUCAGCCAUACACAGCACGCCAUCGGCGCAUCGGGUGAUACGACAGAUCAUUCGCGGAGACUUUGAGCAUUUCCAGCGCGAAGCAGAAGACGGCCGUAAGCGGCAAAGAAUGUAUCUCGUUGCCACAGAUAUGUCGCCUGAAGCCGAAUAUGCUCUUGAGUGGACCAUUGGCACAGUCUUGCGAGACGGCGACACCCUCUUCGCAGUCUAUGCCGCAGACGAGGAGCAUGUUGGCAACGAAGGCGACGGUGGUGUUGAAGUGGGCCAGGGUGCGAACAGUGUCAAAGAUACUGCUACACUACUGAAGAGUCUUCCGGCAAUCCAGCAGGCUGUUUCGCAGUCGUCCCCUCUUGCACGAUCAAGUCUGGGCGGCAAUGGCAGCAAGGAAGAUAUUCGGAGUCGCAGCAGAGGUGUAUACUCAAAUGCCGAGACUGAACGCCGGAAAGCCAUGGAAGGUGUGACCGAGCGCUGUGUGAGGCUCCUCCGGAAGACACACCUGCAAGUCCGAGUCGUGGUAGAAGUGUUCCACUGCAAAUCUCCUCGACACAUGAUCACAGAAGUCAUCGACUUCCUCUCUCCUACGCUGGUAAUUAUUGGUUCCCGCGGCAGGAGUGCAGUGAAGGGCGUGCUUCUCGGCAGCUUCAGUAAUUACCUGGUCACCAAGAGUUCUGUACCGGUCAUGGUCGCCAGAAGGAAACUGCGCAAACACUCUAAGCCGGUGAAGAACAAAGACGGACUGGCAGUACCAUACUCGGGCACAGGACGUUCCCGACACUUCAGCAAUAUGAUUGAGCCAGCGAGAGGGAAGGGACUGCGCGUGAAGGAUUGGGAGCAUGUCGGUAUCGACUAG